GCUACACUCCCAUUCUUGACCAGCUGCUAUAUAUACUUGUACUACUGCUCUAGCUUAGCUUGCAUGUCCCGACUCAGUGACGCAGCAGCAGUCCUCCAAGUCAUCUCUAAUGUCCUCUCACGCACAGCAGCAAUGCAGCGUGCAGCAAGGCAAGACGCCUGGAAAGCUUCCACAGUCAUGAGAGAUCUCGGUCAUGAACGCUCGACAGUAGAUACAUUUGUUCAGCACACUAAUGAAGCUGUUCCUCAAGAACCUGUCGUGCCUGAUGUCAAGCAGGCGAGGACGAAGACCUCUGCGGAAGCUAAGGAGCAAGUUCCAGUCGUGCCCAUCGUGCAGGAACAAAAGACUCCACAGUCGGCCGGCCAAGCAGCGAGUCAGACUGUAGAACCCAAGGAUGAUAUCUUCCUGCUGCGUCACGCUCGUCAUACACCGGUCGCUGGCCAAGCUGAUCGCUUCAAUCAGCUCAAGCGGAAUACUGGUAUCGCUAAACCCAAUAUCGCAUGGCGUACGGAAGUGCCACAAGCUCAAGAAGCAACAGUUGUGGAGGAAGUGCAAACGAGCACACCUCUUCCCACAGACGCAGUCAAGACUCCUCAGCAGUCCCAUCAUCCAGACUAUCACGACUCUAUCACUAUACCACCCUCGGCAGUUCUCUCGCCCUCAAUGCCUUCUCAGACUCCACAAAACGUUUGUUCGUUGGCGGUAACGAGACACAAGGCGGUCUCAUGUCUUCCAAAAACAUCGACCUCCUCGUCCGUAAACUCUCACGCAUGCGAGGUGCUGCUCUCAAACUCGGUCAAAUGAUUUCCUUUCAAUCGGAAAACCUGCCGCUACCCAUCCAGCAAAUCCUACAGCGCGUUCAAGAUUCAGCGGAUUAUAUGCCUGCUUGGCAAUUGAAUCGUGUCAUGGCUGCUGAAUUUGGUGCUGAUUGGCGAAAUGAAAAGUUUGCCUCAUUUGAAGGUAUUCCCAUGGCUGCCGCAUCGAUUGGACAAGUGCAUAAAGCCGUGUUGCAUGAUGGAACGCAAGUGGCUGUUAAGGUACAGUACCCGGGUGUUGCCAACAGCAUCUCUUCCGAUCUCAAAAAUUUGAGUUUGUUGUUGACCGCUUCUAGACUCUUGCCAAAAGGUCUCUACCUCGAUAAAACGAUUGCGAAUGCACGAACGGAACUGGCGUGGGAGUGCGAUUAUGUUCGAGAAGCAGCGAAUACAAGGCUCUUCAGACAACUGGUUGGCGAAGAUACGACGUUCAAGAUUCCGCGUGUCAUUGAUGCGUGCUCAGGCCAACAAGUCAUCACAACUGAAUUACUUCAUGGUGUGGGUAUUGCAAAAGCCGAACACUACAGCCAGCAAACGCGUGACUAUCUCGGCUCAGAGAUUAUGCGUCUUUGUCUGCGUGAGCUGGUUGAAUUCAAUUUCAUGCAAACAGAUCCCAAUUGGACCAAUUUCCUAUACAACGAAAAGUCAAAGCAGAUUGAGUUGCUUGAUUUUGGUGCAUGCAGGUCCUUUGACAAGACCUUCAUUGACAAGUACUGCAAGCUCCUUGUGGCAGCUGCAAAGAAGGAUAAAGCAUCGCUCUACAGUCUCUCUGUGGAACUAGGUUAUCUCACUGGCGAGGAAUCUGCAGCUAUGCGCGAUGCACACAUCUCAUCCAUUCUCACGCUAGCUGAACCAUUCGCACUGGACGCUCCGCAAGCACUCUAUGAUUUCCAUAACCAAACCGUGACGGAUCGCGUCAAGUCAUUCAUUCCAGUGAUGCUUCGCGAACGACUCGCACCACCACCGGAAGAGACGUAUUCAUUGCAUCGCCGACUCAGUGGCCAUUUCCUGCUUUGUGCACGCUUGAGGAGUAAAAUCCCGUGCAAGGAGAUCUUCACGACUAUUAUGACGAAGCAUGGCUAUUUGCCGCCUAUGUCGAGCUAG